GAGUUAUUUCCCUUGUCUCAAAACUUCGAAAUUUCGCAGCUUCUUCCUUCUUAUUUCCAUACUUUACUUAAACAUUUACAUAUACAUGAAUGCAUAUAUAUUUAUAUGCUUGAGUAAAUAUACAAAGCUAAAGAAUAGUAUAAAUCUAUUUCCUAAUAAUGGCAAAAGUCGUUACUCCUCCGAGAAUAGCAAAACUUGUCACAGAAUUCGUAUGCGAGUACAGCAUAUCCGAUAUGGCUAUGACACCUGAUAAUCAUCUUUGUGUGGCUGAAGAGGAAAGUUGUGUGUCGAAAUACACUCUAACAGGGUUGUGCGUCGGACGCCUAAAGUUACCAGACUGUUACUUGGGAGGUGUUUGUUGUCUCCAAAGUGCGUACGGUCGGCAACUUUCUUGUCUUGGUAAACAAUGGAACGACGAAGCUUAUAUUCCCGGAAGAUUAGCAGUCCCUACGUUCUUCGGAAAAUCUGCUGGUCGAGUGCUGAUUUUAGACGGUAGUUCAGGUGAUCAAUUCGGACAGAUCAAAGCUGAAGUGGAUACAGGAGAUUACACUUACUGGUCCGUAUGCGACCUGGGAGUCGAUCGCGGACUUGUUUUGGCACGCCAGGGCCACGUUGCUACAACUAAACAGGACAGUUGUGUCGAGGUGAUGUUUCGUAACUACCGAAUGGGAGACAUAGAGAAACCUAUCGGUUUUGUGUGGUACAUCAGCUCUAUCAGCCCAGAUGUGAUAAUUGUUAGUGAUGAAGACAUCCGAGGACUGGUUAUGUGUACACUCCAGGGAGAAGUCAUUACCCAGUACAGUGACUAUGGCUUCAAUCCAAGUGGCCUUUGCCCCGAUCCUUAUCGUGGUUGUAUAUAUGCAUCCAAUGGAGAAGGAAACUGUGUGAUACGACUAACACCUGAUCUUGAAUAUGACGGGGAAAUUGUUGGAGCAGCUCAGGGCCUACGUAAUCCUUUUGUUGUUAGUCUCUCCUAUGAUGGACGAUUUCUUGUAGUUGCUGAAGAUACAUGGGAUAUAGGCGAAGACCUACCAACUCCUAUUAAAGUGUUCUCCUUACCAGACAAGAUGAUGCCUCUGUUAUAUAUCUGCCGCAGGAAUAUUCGUAAACUGCUUGGUCGUACGCUUCUGUCUGCAGUUCCGUUUCUUGGUUUGCCAAAAUGUUUACAGAAUUAUUUACUUUAUGCAGUUUGACUGCAGCAACCUUGGCAAAUGAAACAAGUUGGUGAAACCAAUGCUUAAUCUUUGACUGCUGGAUCUGAAGGCAGAUCUUAUCAAAAGCCUAACUGCAAAUCAAAGGCAUCAUUAUUAUUUUUUUUUAAACAUUUUUUUACUGGUAAUUUAUUAAAUUAUUUAUUUUUCAUAUUUGAACAAUUUUUUUUUCUUUUACCUUGGACUUUGGUGAAAAGGAAAUGCUCAACUUUAAUGUAAAUGGUCUAUCUUUUUCAUUUUUUUUUUUUUGAUAUGUGAAUUUACUGUUGCCAAAUUUUACCAAAAUUUGGUACAAAUUGUAAAUAUCUGUACAAAGAAAUGAGAACAAAAAAAUUACUCAUGAAAGAGAAACUAUCUUCAAUUAAAAUACUAAUUUAUUUAUUUCACUUUUCUGUCAGCAGUAAAUAUAUAUAUAUAUAAUAUGUGUGUGUGUUUGUUUGUUGAAGAACAGCACCUUUCACUAUAUAUUUUGCCUCCAAUCUUUAUUCAUAGUUUCAGUAUCUUUAAAUUCUGUGAGACGAAGGAUCCUGUGAAGGAAAAAAAUAGAACUAAUCAUAUUUUAUGUUACAUUCAGGUAGCAACCCUAUCCGAAAUUUAGUAUCUACAAUAGCAUUAAAUUAUUUUCUAGUAUUAUAUAUAUAUAUAUAUAUAUAUAUAUAUAUAUGUGCAUAAGUCAUGUAAGAGACCAUAAGUCAGGAAAAUAUAUAUAUAUUUACACACACACACACACACACAACUGCUGGUUUUAUAUAUAUAUAUAUAUAUAUAUAUAUAUGUGUGUGUGUGUGUGUGUGCGUGUGUAUAGGUCAUAUAAGAUACCAUAAGUUAGGAAAAAAAUAUAUAUAUAUUUACACACACACACGCACACACACAAAACUGCUAGUUAUAUAUAUAUAUAUAUAUAUAUAUAUAUAUAGUUAAGAGUAACAUAGUUAUUACCCAUCUGAUUAUAGCAUUUAUGACUUGCUUUCACAAAAUAAAUACAUUCAUUCACCAUUGUGAAUACUUUAUUUUAAUCUUUAUUUCACUUCUGAACUAUUUAUGUUAUUAAAAAUGAGUGAUAUAUAUUUAAUAUCUUCGCACUAUUACCAAAACACUCAUAUAUAAAAAAACAACUCCUUGUUGUUUUUAAAAUGUUCUUCAGAUGACUCCUCCCACCACUUAUAAAUAAAUAAAAUGACAAUAAAAACAACAAAUACUGUUGAAAGACUUGACAGAAUGUUUGUAUUGAAGAAAAUAUCUAAUUGAUACUCAAAACUUUAACACUGUUUUAUACAUAUGAUCUCUAUUGAAGCUGAGCUUUACUUUGUUUUUACUGAAUAUAUUUUAUUUUAUAUUCCACCACCUUCAUCCCCAUCACUCAGGUUGUAUUUUGCAUUCACAAAGUAUCAGAAAUUAAAUGUGAUCAUAUCUAAUUUUGUUUAUUAAUUCAAACUAGUUUCUCUUUACCUUUAUGAUAUAUCACUUUCGUUUACCGAAAGUUAUUUAUGAAUGAUUCUAACCAAUAGAUAAAUGGCAGGAGACAAAAACUAUUUGAUACGACAGUGUUGUUUUUUUCUCUUAUGUUUCACUCAGGUAUACUGUGAGCUCUGGAACGGUUAAUGACCGGUGUGGCUUGUUAUGACUCAAGAUGUGGUAGAUUUUGAAAUUUAACUGAUAAUAAUGGUAUCGGAGCAAAUGACAUUGUGAUAAUACACUCCUAAAUAUUGCAAUUAGCUAUUAACUAUUGGGGCAACAACCUAUGAAGAUAAUUUCAAGUGUCAUCAAUGAUGAAAUAAAAGAACGGGGGUGGGUUGACGACAUACUGCGAUAAACUUACAUAUAAAAGCAGCUCUUUGAUAACAAUAAAGAAAAAGUCUGACUUACAGCCAUUAAUAAUUUUACGAGGUCGAGUAGUAGUGCUAGCAACACAAUGAGCAAUUGCGAAAUAUCACUUUAAAAGCUCUUUUAUGUGCAAGAUAGGCAUAAAACGAAACCAUUAAAAAUGAAGAGAAAAAAGAGAAAGUGAAAUUUUAAGCACACACUUUAUAGAGAACAUCCAGUGGGCUGUUGCUAAAACAGAUAGACUAAUCAAUAAACUAAUUUCCAAUGAGAUUAAAAGAAAUAUCUAAAUUUAAUUUAAUUUUCCUUUUUAUGUUCCUUCUUUCAAUGUGGAAGAGUUUUCAAAGCUUAAUAUAGAAUUUAGUUUCGUUUAUAACGUUACCAAAAUUAUCUCCCUUGAAUUAAUCGAAGGUGUAGUGGUAAAACAGCUUGUUUCGAAUUAGUUUUAAUUAGAAUUAGGUUUCUUAAUAAAAUUUUCAUUUAAAAAAAAUUGAAAUUACUUUAUUGUGUGUGAUAUUUUAAAUAGAAUUAUACAUUUUUCAUUCAUAAACUCUGAAUAUUCUCAUGAUCUGGUAAACUUGAAUGUAAAAUAUAUUUUAAAAUGUUCUAAAAAUUGUUUGUAAACAUUUACACACCUUUUUAUAUAAAGAAUUAUGUACACCUCG